AUGGGGAAGGAGCAGGAGCUGCUGGAGGCGGCCCGCACCGGGCACCUCCCGGCCGUGGAGAAGCUGCUGUCCGGGAAGCGGCUCUCCUCGGGCUUCGGGGGCGGCGGCGGCGGCGGCGGCGGCGGCUCCGGAGGCGGCGGCGGCGGCGGCCUGGGCUCUUCGAGCCACCCCCUCUCCAGCCUGCUCAGCAUCUGGAGAGGGCCCAACGUGAACUGUGUAGACAGUACGGGGUACACCCCUCUGCACCACGCUGCUCUGAAUGGCCACAGGGAUGUGGUCGAGGUUCUGCUGAGGAACGACGCGCUGACCAAUGUGGCUGAUUCCAAAGGCUGCUACCCUCUGCACUUGGCAGCCUGGAAAGGAGAUGCCCACAUCGUGCGGUUGCUCAUCCAUCAAGGGCCCUCUCACACCAGAGUCAAUGAGCAGAAUGCUCUUGAGAUCAAAGAACUCAAAAAGCACGGCCCCUUUGACCCUUAUAUCAAUGCCAAGAACAAUGACAACGAGACGGCCCUGCACUGCGCGGCGCAGUACGGCCACACGGAGGUGGUCAAGGUCCUCCUGGAGGAGCUCACAGACCCCACGAUGCGCAACAACAAGUUCGAGACGCCCCUGGACCUGGCUGCGCUCUACGGGCGGCUGGAGGUGGUGAAGAUGCUCCUCAACGCGCACCCCAACCUCCUGAGCUGCAACACGAAGAAGCACACCCCCCUGCACCUGGCGGCCAGGAACGGCCACCGGGCCGUGGUGCAGGUGCUCCUGGACGCUGGCAUGGACAGCAACUACCAGACGGAGAAGGGCAGUGCUUUGCAUGAGGCCGCUUUGUUUGGCAAGACCGAUGUGGUGCACAUCCUGCUGGCCGCAGGAAUUGACGUCAACAUAAAAGAUCACCGAGGACUGACCGCCCUGGACACGGUCCGGGAACUGCCUUCUCAGAAGAGCCAGCAGAUAGCAGCGCUCAUUGAAGAUCACAUGACUGGAAAAAGAAGUGUGAAAGAGGUAGAGAAAACUCCCACACCCCAGCUACCUCUCAUCGCCAACGUGGACUCCAUAUCCCAAAAGUCUCAGGGUGACGUGGAGAAAGCAGUGACUGAACUGAUCAUCGAUUUUGACACAAGCGCUGAAGAGGAAGGCCCCUACGAGGCGCUGUACAAUGCCGUCUCCUGCCACUCGCUGGACAGCACGGCCAGUGGGCGGUCGUCCGACCGGGACUCCGUGAACAAGGAGGCCGAGGCCGCGGGAGUGAAGGCUGCUGGAGUGAGGCCUAGGGAACGGCCACCGCCUCCAGCCAAGCCCCCGCCGGACGAGGAGGAGGAAGACCCCGUGGACAAGAAGCAUUUUCCCCCGCCACCGGCUUCUGAGGUACAGGUCUUGGCCAUGCGAGCCCGGGUUCAGGAGGGCACAGCCAGGGAGGAGGAGGAGGAGCAUCCGUAUGAGCUGCUGUUAACGGCGGAAACAAAGAAGCUGCCAGCAGUGGACGGAAAAACAAAAGACCACAGGCGGAGCAGCAGCGGCCAGAGCCAGGACUCUGCGGAGGGGCAGGACGGGCCAGUCCCCGAGCAGUUCUCCGGGCUCCUCCACGGCUCCUCCCCGGUGUACGAGGUGGGGCAGGAAGCCUUCCAGCUGCUCUCUGCCAGCAGCCAGAGCCUUCCAGAAGGGUCCCCCGCGCAGGGCACCUGCCACGAGGCCGGCAUGCAGCUGGAGGAGGCGGGCGUGCACGCUCCCGGAGGCUCCCCGCCUGGCGGCCCGGACCAGACUCAGAGAGGGGGCUACCCAGCAGGCCUGCCCACCUCCAACAGCCUCCCGCACCCCGGAACUCUGACUCACAAGGCAUCUCCGCACCCCGGUGGCGCCGAGGAGGGAGACCAGAGUGGGGCCAGAAGCCGAGUCCUUCCCGCCAGCAAACCCAAAGCCGAACUCAAGCUCAGCCGCAGCUUGUCCAAGUCCGACUCCGACCUCCUGACCUGCUCGCCCACGGAGGACGCUGCGAUGGGGAGCCGGAGCGAGUCCCUGUCCAACUGCAGCGUCGGGAAGAAGAGGCUGGAGAAGUCGCCCUCCUUCGCCUCGGAGUGGGAUGAGAUCGAGAAGAUCAUGAGCUCUAUCGGAGAAGGGAUUAACUUUUCUCAGGAGCAGCAGAGGAUCUCAGGUUCGCGGGCGCUGGAGCAGAGCGUCGGGACGUGGCUGGCGGCGCUGGGCCUGCAGCAGUACGAGAGCCGGCUGCUCCUGAACGGCUUUGACGAUGUCCGCUUCCUGGGCUCUAACGUGAUGGAGGAGCAGGACCUGCGGGAGAUCGGCAUCAGCGACCCCCAGCACCGCCGCAAGCUGCUCCAGGCCGCCCGGGCCCUGCCCAAGGUGAAGGCCCUGGGCUGCGAGGGGAGCAGCCCCCCGUCGGUGCCCUCCUGGCUGGACUCCCUGGGGCUGCAGGACUACGUCCACUCCUUCCUGUCCAGUGGCUACAGCUCCAUCGACUCCGUGAGGAACCUCUGGGAGCUGGAGCUGGUGAACGUCCUAAAGGUUCACCUGCUCGGCCAUCGAAAGCGCAUCAUCGCCUCCCUCGCCGACAGGCCCUACGAGGAGCCGCCCCAGAAGCCCCCGAGGUUUUCCCAGCUGAGAUGCCAGGACUUGCUCUCCCAGACGUCGUCCCCCCUGAGCCAGAACGACUCCUGCACCGCCCGGUCCGCCGACCUGCUGCUGCCUCCUGGGGACUCGGGCAGGAGGCGGCCGGACAGUCUCCCUGACCCCGCGGCCCCCUCCCGGGCGGAGCGCUUCAGAGCCCAGGAAGAGCACCGAGAGGCCAGGCUGACCCUCCGGCCGCCCAGCCUGGCCGCCCCCUACGCCCCUGUGCAGAGCUGGCAGCACCGGCCCGAAAAGCUCAUCUUCGAGUCCUGCGGUUACGAAGCCAGCUACCUGGGCUCCAUGUUGAUCAAAGACCUUCGAGGGACAGAAUCCACGCAGGACGCCUGUGCCAAGAUGCGGAAAUCCACGGAGCACAUGAGGAAGGUCCCCACCAUCACCCUGUCCAUCACCUACAAAGGCGUCAAGUUCAUCGACGCCUCCAACAAGAAGGUCAUCGCGGAGCACGAGGUCCGGAACAUCUCCUGCGCGGCCCAGGACCCCGAGGACCUCUGCACCUUCGCCUACAUCACCAAGGACCUGCACACGGGCCACCACUACUGCCACGUCUUCAGCACCGUGGACGUGACCCUGACCUAUGAGAUCAUCCUGACGCUGGGCCAGGCGUUCGAGGUGGCCUACCAGCUGGCCCUGCAGGCCCAGAGGGUGCGGCCUGUGGGCGCCUCUGCUGCAGAGCCCGUGGAGACGAAAAGUUCCAAGCCCGUGCCGAAGCCCCGCGCGGGCGUGAGGAAGUCCGCGCUGGAGCCGCCCGACGUGGAGCCGGACGCCCAGUCCCACGCCAGCGUCUCCUGGGUUGUGGACCCCAAGCCCGACUCUAAGCGGAGCCUCAGCACCAACUGA